GCGAUGCACUGUGACUUGUUACUCUUCAAGUUGUAUGUCCACUAUUCCAUCUAUCACGUUUUAUACCUUUCCACCUUCCAGUCUCCCUGCCCACACUCCAUGGUCUUUUUUUGUAUAUGUGACUGCUGGUAGGCCAGCUUGGGUGUUUAGAAAAGGUAGCCCCAGGAACAGGAAUGCCAGAGAGGGUCCUGGUAGCCCAGGGAAGGUCAUGAAUGUGAGUGAAGGGCAGCCUCCAGGCCCCUGAGGGCAGGGGCAGAGCCACUCUAAGGUGGGACACCUCCCCUUGGGACUGCCCUGGUUUGAUAAUCCGGAUGCUCCCCUGGAGGAGGACAAUAGGUGGCUCUGUGGGGAAACUUGCAGCCUGCAGGUUUUUAGGCCAGGGAAGGGGAGGUGCAGACAGCCUGGCCUUGUCUUCCAGUCUACUCUGGCUGAAACCUUGGAGCUUUGUGUGGGCUUGUCUGGGGCAGGGCGGGGCCUAAAUCGGCUGAAGUACUUCUGCCUACUCUCUUCUCUGCUUCUUUCAGGAGAGGGACUAUCGUCGACUUCCCCAGUUGGUGGCAAGGGGUUGGGGCUUGAGUCAGGGGCCAGGGUAGCUCUGGGUUGUAGGGCCACAGAGUCCCCUCACUGACCACGGAAUUAUAUUGGAUGGGUGGAGUGCUGCGGUCUCUGAGCAUGGAGAGUUUCCACACUGCCUCUCAGUGCUUCCUGCCUGGGUUCCAAGUGCUCUAUUCCCAGGUCCAGCCUCAGCAUGUCUUCCAACAGGGGCCUGUAUGUUCAGACAUUAUUGGUUCUUCCUGCUUUGGAGAGGGGACAGAGCCCUGAGCCCUGAACAAAAGUAGCUCCCUGCCCAUCUGCCAAUCCAUCACUGUCUGCCCAGCCUGAAAGGCAGUGGCUGGGGCUGGCGGGGAAGGGGAUACAUUCCCCAGAGGCUCCUGGAGACGAACAGCCUUUCAGAGCUAGGGGUGGAAGCCUCAUUUGAAUGAGAAUUGGAUCUUUUCUGUCUCUGAGGAUUAGUCUGAACCCUGGCUGCACCAGCAGCAGCUGCGUUGGAUGGCGGACCUGUAGAGAAACUCUGCUUCUUGGUGCCCCCCUCCCCACCUUUCUUCUGCAUCUGGUGACUGCUAUUAAUAUCCUUUCCCUGGGCACGGCCUCUCUUGGUUUCCCAGGCUCUGGGGACACCCCCCCUGCCCCUUCUCCCAGCUGCACCAUGACUCCACAACCAUGCAUGCUCCUUGCCUCUGGCAUCCUUGAGUUCAUCUACCAUGUGAGUAUGGGGAAGGACCUGAGGGCCACACUCAGAUCCUUAAGGGCAGCCCAGCUAGGGGCACACUCUGUAUUCUCUCUCUCUGGCCUGAUUCUAGCUCUGACAGCCCAGGACCCCCAGCCGGGCUAGCCCCCCCUUUCAGCUCUGCUGCUGCCGCUACCAAUGUGUGAGAGGUGGUCUCUACCUGAGAGCCAUCUGGAGGGGGAGAGGAAAUCAUCGGGCCUCCCUGUGGGAUGGGGUGAGGUGGGGCGCGUACCCCUAGGAUCUCUAUACUCAGACCCUGCCCCUCCCAGUCCAGGCUCCCAGAGCAACUGCCCGGGACGUGCCAGACAAACUUCCUCCACCCGGCUGCUCAGGCGGCAGCUGCUACCCACCUACCAGCAACCUGAUUAUUGGCUGUGGCCAGAACCUUCGAACCUCAUCCACCUGUGGCCUCCAUGGCCCUGAACUCUACUGCAUUGUCAGUAACCUACAGGUAGGGAGGAGGGUACGGGCUCUGGAGAUGGCAUCUUGGAUUUUCUUGGGCAGGUUCAGCACCUGUGGGAGUUCAGGUCAUUGACAAGACCCAGAGGGAGAGGCCUGUGCUGUGAAAUUUUGGAGGGGGUUGUGGCCAACCAGGCACCUCCUGCCUAGUCAGUCUCAUUGGGCAUCCCUCCAGGAUGCUGAGAAUUGCUGCUUUUGUGACUCUCGGGACUGGAAAAGCCAUGGCAUUGAGAACGUGAUCUCCCAGAGUAGUCCUGGCGGCAAAAGGACCUGGUGGCGAGCAGAGCGUGGUGAGGGUCCUUGUGUGCCCAUGUGUGCAGGGCUGGGAUCAGGGUCAAGGCCUGGCCACUGAUCAGCCCUUGUGGUUACAGGUGUUGAGAAUGUCACCAGCUGGACCUAGAAGAUGCCUUUUACUUUACCCACCUCAUCAUGACUUUCAAGGUGACCCAUUGCCCGAGACUGAAAGCUUAUUCUCUGCCUCCUGACCUGAUGGCCACUGGUGAUGUUUGCCACUGGUGACCCAAGGACCCCCUCCUAUCCCCAGACAUUCUGGCUCUGCUCCUUGAGCGCUCAGUGGACCAUGGCCACUUCUGGCACAUGUACCGCUACUUUGCCCACAACUGCUUAGGCCUCUUUCCUGGGAUUCCUCUUGCCCCUGGCCACAGAGUCAGUGACCUCAUCUGUGAGCAGCAUUACUUAAGACAUCGAGACUUCCACUGAGGGAGAGGUCAGGCCCAGAGGAAGGGGGGUUAGGCCCUGGGAUGAAGCCAGAAGCUCAGGCUUGCUUCUUAGGUAAUUUCAAAGUUCUGGAUCCAGCCAUUCUGGUGGAGAACCCAAAUAAUACCAAGGUUCAGGGUAAUUAUCCCCACAGCCAGUCCUGUACUCCUUUUUUGGGAAAACCAGAUACCUCCUGGUGGGAAGUGAGGUCCUACCCGGGUAUGCGCACUGCAGGGCAGGGUGGCGGGCAAGCCAGCCCAGUCCCCCAAGGAUUGUUUCCCAGCUCUGCUGCAUUAUAGUCGCUGUUACGGCUCCCCAUUCCUGUCCCAUGUUCCCCAUACCUGUGCCCAGUGCAUAGGGACUGGCCUGGGUAGCAGUUUUCAUCUCUGUCCCUUAUCUCUGCCCCAUCGCUGAAUUCCUUUGUGAGACCCCAUUGUGGUCAUCACUGCUGGCCAUGCCAGCCCAAUCUUUGUCCCCCACCUCUGCUCCUAUCACACUGUACCUCAUAACUCUCCCCUUUGUGAGCCACUGUCACUGUUCCCCAUCACGGCCCCCUGUCUGCCCUCCCCACUUUGAUUCAUCACCCUGGCCUUGAUUGGUACCCUGCGUUCCUGAAGCUGCCUCCAGGUGGCGCCAGGGCGUCUCUGGGUGUGACCUCUUCCUUGUAAAACAGAAGUCUUGUUAAAGGACUAGAGACAUAAUCAUAACCCAGCAGGGCAGCCCAGAGCCAGGCCAGGAGAGUACCAGAGCAGGAGGACAAACCCCAAAGUAGCUUUUUCUCUACAUUCCACGUUCUCCACCCACCUUGACUUCGAUUAUUACCAACUACUUACCCUGAGCAUGCGUGCACACACACGCCCCCCCACCCCCGCCCCCGACCUUACUAGGCCCUAGAGCAGCUGUUGUGUAUUCCUCUGAUCAAGAGAAAGGGGAGCUCUGGCAAAGAGAUACAGGAGGUGGCCUCGGCUUGGUAGCUGACUUAAGCUGUGAGGAGCAAGAGGAGCCAUGGCCCCAUCUUUCCAUCCAUGUGUACAUCUAACAAGUGCCCAUGGAGCCCCACUGUGUGCCAGGCAUCUUCUGGGCCUUGCUCAGUGGUGAGCAGAUAGACAAGUUAUCUGUCUUGGAGCUGACAUAGAAAUGAGAAAGGCAGUCAAUAAAUAAACAUACCUUAUGUGGUUUGGCUGGAUAAUAAGCUGAUUUCUAAUGAUGGGCUGGGGACUGGAAUCCUUUACUGCCUUAGGGAAGCAGGUUUCCAAUAUCUAGAGAUACCAGAAAGUGGUGUCCAGGAAGCAGUGGGAUAUGCAGGUCUCAGCUCAGGAGUGAUAUCAGGUCUGGAGCAGUGCAGAGGUGGGAUAAUCACCAUUAGGCUGUGGUCAUCCUAAAAUGGUAUAAUCAGGGGAGCAGGGAUGGGAGAGUCCUACAGCAUGGGUGCUGGAGGAGGUGGCUGCAAUGAUGUAGAGAGGGGAGAGACCCCCACCAAUUCCUUCUGUAUCUCAGCCAUAGAGGGGUAACAACCAGUGUACCUGAGGGCUCUCGAUCUGUCUCCAGAGCUCCUGCAUGUGACUAACCUCCGUGUGAACUUCAAACUGCACACACUGGGUGACAGGCCCCAGGGGGGCUUCAAGGGACACCCCUUCUACUACUAUGCCCUCUGAGCUUGUGGUCCAAGGCAGCUGCCUGUGCCAUGGCCAUGCCUCUGAGUACAGGCCUGCACCCAGGGUCCCACCCAACAUGGAAGGCAUGGUGUGUGGCCUUUGUGUCUGCUGCCACCACAGAGCUGGUACCCACCGUGAGCACUGCCAGGACCUCCACCAGGACCACCCAUGGCAGGCAGCAGAGCCUGGGCACCCCCAUGCCUGCCAGGCCAGCCCACUCCAUAUCCAUCUUCCUUGUUCUGCUCCAGAAUCCUGCAGGUGCAAUCCCCAGGGCUGCAUCCCUGGCACUCAUGACUGUGAUCUCUCCAGUGGUGCCUAUCACUGCAAAUGCCUUGUCUCUGGAUGGGACUGCAGCCGUUGUCUGGGAGCCCCCGAGCCUGUUCCUCCUCACUGUACACAAGCCCCAGGGACCUCCCCUGGUUGGCUCAGGCCCCGACUUCAGAGACAGUGUGUCCCUCGAUAUGCCUCCACCCUGCCAGUGUCUCACAUCCAGGCCCCAAAGGAGCCCCUGCCCCUGCAUCAGGGAGCUGGCUGUACACUGUGGACUGGCUCAGACUUUGCACGUGUGGUUGAUGGGGCUGGCCUCUCUCUUCUGGCACCCAUAGUGCCUUCUGCCCUGGAGUGUGACAUUGUCCUACGCUAUGAGACCCAGGUUGUGCUCCUGCCACAGGUGAAAGGGUUGCCUGGACUGAGGUCUGUGGACCCUGGCGCCACGGGGCACUUGCAGGAGCUCCACAAGGCGGGCUGCGUGGAGGCAGCGAGGAUGAGCCUCUCCAGCACUAUACCUGAGGCCUGUGCCCGCCUUGCCUGCAGCAUCUCUGCCCUGUUCCAGGGGGGUGGCCUUGCAUGUGAGUGCCACCCCCAGGGUUCACUGACCACCGAGUGUGCCCUGCUGGGUGGGCAGUGCUGCUGCCACCCUAACAUUGAUGGUCGUACCUGUGACCACGACAGGCCUGGAACAUGUGACUUCCAGCCCACUGGCUGCCGUGAGUGCUGCUGCCACACCAAGGGUGCCACCAAUGCCAUUUGUAACCCUGUGAACGGGCAGUGACCCUGUCGGGCAGGCCUUGCUGGUCGCUGCUGUGACCACUGCCUCUAUGGCUGGUGGGGCUUCCCAUGCUGCCAACCCU